AUGGAGGCGCCCGGGCUGGCCAAGGCGGCCAAGGCGGCCAAGGCGACCGAGCCCGAGGCCCCGGGGGGCCGUGCCGACGCCCCCGACGGCGCGCCCGCGCUCUGCCCCAGCCCCGAGGCGCCCUCGCCGGAGCCCCCCGCCUACCGCCUGCAGGACUUCGACACGCUGGCCACCGUGGGCACAGGGACGUUCGGGCGGGUACAGCUGGUCAAGGAGAAGACGGCCAAGCACUUCUUCGCCCUGAAGGUCAUGAGCAUCCCCGACGUCAUCCGGCUGAAGCAGGAACAGCACGUGCACAACGAGAAGUCGGUGCUGAAGGAAGUCAGCCACCCGUUCCUGGUCAAGCUGUUCUGGACGUGCCACGAUGAGCGCUUCCUGUACAUGCUCAUGGAGUUCGUGCCCGGCGGCGAGCUUUUCAGCUACCUGCGGAAGCGAGGCCGCUUCUCCAGCAGCACUGGGCUGUUCUACUCUGCGGAGAUCGUCUGCGCCAUUGAGUACCUGCACUCAAAGGAGAUCGUCUACAGGGACUUGAAGCCGGAAAACAUACUGCUGGACAGGGAUGGCCACAUCAAGCUCACCGACUUUGGGUUCGCCAAGAAACUGGUAGACAAGACGUGGACGCUUUGUGGCACGCCCGAGUACCUGGCCCCCGAAGUCAUCCAGAGCAAAGGCCACGGGAGAGCUGUGGACUGGUGGGCGCUUGGCAUCCUGAUAUUUGAGAUGCACUCGGGGUUUCCUCCGUUUUUUGAUGACAACCCAUUUGGCAUUUAUCAAAAAAUUCUCGCGGGCAAAAUAGAUUUCCCCAGACAUUUGGAUUUCAGUGUAAAGGACCUCAUUAAGAAACUGCUGGUCGUUGACAGAACGAGACGGCUCGGAAACAUGAAGAAUGGAGCGGAGGACGUGAAAAGACACCGGUGGUUCCGAACUGUGGAUUGGGAGGCGGUCCCACAAAGGAAACUGAAGCCACCCAUCGUGCCCAAGCUGUGCGGCGAGGGCGAUACCUCCAACUUCGAAGCGUACCCCGACAAUGACUGGAACGCGGCCCCUCCCGUCUCGCCGAAGGAUUUGGAAGUCUUCAAGAAUUUCUGA